AUGUUACAUUCUUUAUUUANCCAAUUCCAGAAAAUCAGCUAAUCAAUAAGCUAUUUCAUCAAUUAUAAUGUAUUUUAAGAUUAAGAUAACUUUAGCUAUUACUGUUUGCACCUUGGCAAUAAUAAAGGAAAGUUCCUUUUAUAAAUUAAUUUAUUUUUAUAACUUAUUAAAAUUUUGUUGAUGCAUAUUUGUUGUAUCAUAUGAAAGCUUUGGUAAUUUUUAUAAAUAUGCUAUAAUUAGGCAAACAACUUUCAAAUGGAUUUGAAUAAAAAUAGAGCAUCUUUUGAAAAAAGAGGUUAAUUAAUACUAAACUUUAACCUUAAUAAUCAAAAUUGCUAUAAAAAUCCUUACUAGGAUUUUAGAUUUCAACCCUCAAAUCCCUAAAACUCAGCAAUUCAAUAUUAUAAUAAAUUAUUACCUUAUAAGAGUUUUUAUCUAAAUUGCUUAAUAAAGAAAUCUUUAUGUUGUUCCUACCAUCGUUUUACUUAAAUUUAUACAAUUUAUACUCAAAAAUUAUAAAAUCUAAGUUGCUUGUUUAGUGUCCAUUCAAAAGAUCAUGUUUUAAUGAAUAAACUACAGAUCGCCUAUAAAAAAUUUAAACUUCUAUUAGUUCCAAGAAAUAAAUUUCAUUUUUUCCCUUAAGGAUAAUGUAAUCAUAAUGUAACUUUUCAAAACUACCAACAAAUUGCCCACCAAUCAUCCUCCUUGAAAAUUAACCACCCUGCAUUUAUAAUUCCAAAGAUGAGAGUAACAAUCCGCUCCUUAAGACUCGGCUCAAUUUUAUUUAAAUAUAAUUGGAAAUAAAAAGAAGACUAUUAUAAAUGA